AUGAAGUAUACUCUAGUAGUGUUAGCUGCUAUCACUGGUGUAUGUGCCAAUGUCAUUGGUGCUCCUCCUGCUGACCAACACUUGUAUGUUCCGUUGGAAGACGGCAAGUGGAGAUGUUUAGGUAACCCUGACGUGGUGAUUGACUAUGGUCAGAUCAAUGACGACCAAUGCGAUUGUCCUGAUGGAUCAGAUGAACCAGGAACCAAUGCCUGCAGCCGCAGUGGUAACGGCGGCACCAGUGCCGACUUGUUCUAUUGUCAUAAUGAAGGCCAUUUCCCCGGGUUCAUUGAACGGUUCAAAUUGAAUGAUGGUGUUUGUGAUUACGACAAGUGUUGCGAUGGAAGUGACGAGUAUAAAAGCGGAGCAUGCCCCAAUAAAUGUAAGGAAAUACACCAACAAUUUGUUUCUUUCUCCAAGCGUCUCAGGAGGGAUUCUGCUGUGGCGUUGGUUCAACGAGAUCGUCUUAUCAAGGAGGCUCGUGCUAUUAGGGAAAAGCUUGAACACAAGAUUGACAAGUUGAAGCACCACCAGAAGGUUAAUGGUGAUGGUGAUAAUGGUGAAGCUAAAGACACUAAUGAUGAUAAUGGUGAUGGUGUCCGUGACGACGUAAUGAACAAGAUUGUGAGAUCUGUUGAUGCUGUUGAAGCCAAGAUAGCCCUCUUAGAAUCAAUCAUGACCAAAAUGAUGGACAAUUACAACCCCAAUUUCAAUGACGGAGCCGUCAAAGAAGCCAUAAAGGACUUUCAAAACUACAUGUCAGAACAAUAUAAUGAUGAUGAUGAUGAUGAUGACGAAUCUUCAUCACAGCUUAGUAAAUUGUUACAAUCAUUAAAAUUAUCACCAUCUUCAUCAUCUUCAAAGGUAAAUGAGGCCAAUGAGGUCAAUAAACAGAUUAAACAGUAUCAAACGGAUAUUGAUAUCUUCACUCAAGAACUAAACAGAUACUAUGGAAAAGAUGACAUCUACAGAGCCUUAAAUGAUAUUAAAAUCUCUACUGAUUACGGUGAUUAUAAGUAUAAAAUUGCUCUAUUAGAUUCUAUUCACCAAGAUAAAGUCUUGGUAGGUAAGUUUGCCAACUUUGAUGAACAUGACGAGUCCAUCUUAUACUACACCAAUGGUUCAAAGUGCUGGAAUGGCCCACACAGAUCUGCUAGAAUCAUUCUUGUCUGUGGGAAGACUCAUGAGAUCAUUUCCAUUAGUGAACCGGAGAAAUGUGAAUACACAAUUGAAAUGACUAGUCCAAUUGCUUGUCAUGAACUCACAGAAGAAGAUAUCAUCAACAGAUUUAAAGUAGACUUCAGUCAGCUUUAA